AUGCCCCUGCGAUCACAGCCCACGGCCAUGUCGAACGGCGACUUUGAAAAGGAUCCGGGUUUCCCAUUCCUUGGUCUCUCACGUGAGGCUCGAGCAGAAUCUGCUUCAAGGCCUUUUGAUUCCAAGAAGAACGUCUGGGUUCCAGAUGCAGAAGAUGGCUUCGUCGCCGCCGAAAUUCAAUCCGUACAAGGCGAUCAAGUCACUGUCGUCACCGCGAAAGGAAACUCGGUCACUGUGAAAAAGGAUGAGGCGCAAGAGAUGAACCCUCCCAAAUUCGACAAAACCGAAGAUAUGGCGAACUUGACCUUCUUGAACGAAGCUUCAGUCUUGGCCAAUCUCAAGGACAGAUACAAGGACAUGAUGAUCUACACAUAUUCCGGUCUCUUCUGUGUUGUGAUCAAUCCCUACAAACGUCUACCCAUCUACACAGAAUCCGUGAUUAAAUUCUACAUGGGAAAGAGAAGGAACGAAAUGCCUCCCCACUUGUUCGCCACUUCCGAUGAGGCUUACAGAAACAUGGUGCAAGACCGUGAGAACCAGUCUAUGCUGAUUACCGGAGAAUCCGGAGCCGGAAAAACUGAGAACACCAAAAAGGUAAUUGCGUACUUCGCCAUCGUCGGUGCCACACAACAGGCUGCCGAAGGACGAAAGGAGGGCGCUAAAGGUGUAAGUACUAAAGGCGGAAAAGGAGGUACCCUGGAAGAGCAGAUUGUGCAGACCAACCCCGUACUCGAGGCCUUCGGUAAUGCCAAAACCGUGCGUAACAACAACUCUUCACGUUUCGGUAAAUUCAUCCGAACCCACUUCUCAGCCCAAGGAAAACUGGCCGGAGGAGAUAUCGAACACUAUUUGCUCGAGAAGUCUCGUGUCGUGCGUCAAGCUCCUGGAGAACGUAGUUACCACAUCUUCUACCAGAUUAUGUCCGGCCACAACCCGAAACUCCGUGAAGCGUUGAAGCUCACCCACGACCUCAAAUACUACCACUUCUGUUCACAAGCUGAGCUGACCAUUGACGGUGUCGAUGAUAAGGAAGAAAUGGGUCUCACACAGGAAGCUUUCGACGUCAUGGGUUUCGAAGACGAUGAAGUCAUGGACUUGUACAAAUCUUGUGCGGCCAUCAUGCACAUGGGUGAAAUGAAAUUCAAGCAGAGACCCAGAGAAGAGCAGGCCGAACCCGAUGGAGAUGAGGAUGCACAAAACGUCGCCCACUGCUUGGGUGUGAACCCUGAGGAGCUUCUGAAGUCCUUGGUGAAGCCUCGUGUACGUGUCGGUACUGAAUGGGUGAACAAGGGACAGAAUCUUGAGCAGGUACACUGGGCUGUGUCUGGUCUCGGAAAGGCUAUCUACGCUCGUAUGUUCAAAUGGCUCAUCGGAAGGUAUGAAGUUAAGUACACUACGGUGGCUACAUUUCAAAAUAAGGCAUGUUCAGAUGUAACAAGACCCUGGAUGCCAAAGAAAUCGAAGCGUCGCUACUUCAUCGGUGUGCUUGAUAUUGCUGGUUUCGAAAUCUUCGAUUUCAACUCAUUCGAGCAGCUUGAAGAGUACGCUCGUGAAGGCAUCCAAUGGACUUUCAUCGAUUUCGGUCUUGACUUGCAAGCCUGUAUCGAGCUGAUUGAGAAGCCCCUUGGUCUUAUCUCAAUGCUUGAUGAAGAGUGUAUCGUACCAAAAGCCACCGAUAUGACAUACGUACAAAAGCUGAACGACCAACAUCUUGGCAAGCACCCCAACUUCCAGAAGCCAAGACCACCCAAGGGCAAACAGUCCGAGGCUCACUUCGCAGUCGUCCACUACGCCGGUACUGUACGAUACAAUGCUACCAACUUCCUCGAGAAGAACAAGGAUCCUCUGAACGACACCGCUGUUGCACUGCUCAAGACUCACUCGCAAGGAUGCAAACUCAUGCUCGACAUCUGGGCUGACUACCAGACCCAGGAAGAAGCCGCUGAAGCCGCAAAGAGUGGAACAGGAGGAGGAAAGAAGAAGGGAAAGUCUGCCUCUUUCAUGACUGUGUCCAUGAUUUACCGCGAGUCCCUGAACAACUUGAUGAACAUGCUUUACCAGACUCAUCCUCACUUCAUCCGUUGCAUCAUUCCAAACGAGAAGAAGACUUCUGGUCUGAUCGACUCCGCUCUCGUGCUUAACCAGCUGACUUGCAACGGUGUACUUGAGGGUAUCAGAAUUUGCAGAAAAGGUUUCCCCAACAGAAUGCUCUACGAUGACUUCAGACACCGAUACGCUGUCCUUGCUGCUGAUGCGGCCAAGAACGAGGAUACCAAAGUGGCAUCCAUUGCCAUCACGGACAAACUCGUCACUGAAGGUCUUCUGAAGGACGAAGAAUUCAAGAUCGGAAACACCAAGGUAUUCUUCAAAGCUGGUAUCCUUGCCAGACUUGAGGACCGUCGUGACGAAAUCCUCAAGGUCAUCAUGACCAACUUCCAAAGCAGAUGCAGAUGGUACCUCGGACUCACGGAUCUCAAGAGAAGGCAGCAACAACAAGCAGGACUGCUCAUUGUCCAGCGCAACGUCCGCUCAUGGUGCACCCUUCGCACUUGGGAAUGGUUCAAACUGUACGGAAAGGUCAAGCCUAUGCUCAAGGCCGGAAAGGAGGCAGAGGAGAUGGAGAAAUUGUCAGACAAGAUCAAACAGCUCGAGGAAGCCAUCGCCAAGGGUGAAGACAACAGGAAGGAACUCGAAGCCCAAGUGGCCGGCCUCAUCGAAGAGAAGAAUGCGCUGUUCCUGAACUUGGAAAAGGAGAAGGCAAACCUACAGGAUGCCGAAGAACGCAAUCAAAAACUGGCCGCCCUCAAGGCUGACCUCGACAAACAACUCGCUGAAGUUCAGGAUCGCCUUGCUGAAAUGGAGGAUCGUAACAGCGACCUCCAACGCCUCAAGAAGAAGAUGGAGCAAGAAAUUGCCGAGCACAAGAAGCAUGCCCAAGAUCUCGAGCUUUCCCUCAAGAAGGCCGAGAGCGAGAAGCAGGCUCGAGACCACAACAUCCGCUCUCUGCAAGAUGAAAUGGCUAACCAAGAUGAAGCCGUCGCUCGCCUCAACAAAGAGAAGAAACAUCAAGAGGAGGUAUGGUUCUCAUCGAAAAUGAUAUCGAUCUGA